GAGAGAUGAGGUAACCACCGCUGAUGAGUUCUCAAGAGGAAGGCCAUGAAGCUCUGGGAUCUGACACAAUGGAAGUUGUGUCAGCUGCAGGGCACGUAGUGGCUAAUCCUUUGUCUGGAACAAAGAGUGAAACAGCAACAUCAUCCAUGCCAACUAUUAUCGGGAAUGCAUCAUCAACAUUUUCAGUUGUUGGAACUUCAACUACAGAUGCAAUCAAUUACUUGACAGUACAGAAUCAUAAUGGGCAGUUGAUAAUUCAGCAGCCUAUUAAAACUGUAGGCAACGGACCUGCACUGGUCAAUAAUGGAGCGGCUCUCCCAAAGGGUCACAUAAUUGUACGACAAAAACCAGCCCCCAACAACCAACCAACACCUCUAUCUUCAUCAAAUGUGCCAGGUGACAUGGUGACACUUGAGAAGGCAGGGGUUAAACGACCUCUGCCUGCAACCGGGAGCAACGUCAUCACCAAAGUGAUAAUUACUAAAAAUCCAACAUCGGGACAGCCGCAGGCUUUCCCUGCAGGAAAUAACACACAGACUUUUACACUGACAUCUUUACCUAGUAGUACUAGCGUAUCUGUAAAUAGUCUGAUUAAUAGUUCUUCUAUUGUGCAGUCAGGGACUCCCACAAAAACUGUAACACUCACUUCUCAAGGUAUCUUGUCACCAGUGAAAACUGUGAUUGCAACCAUUCCUGGAACAAGUACAGCUAAAGUUGUCCCCUACAAAAUACCCAUAUCUCCAUCAAAGACUCCUACCAAAAUCACAAUGAUCCCAAUGCCCAGGUCCCCUAAUAAAUCAACAUUAAACCCUACAAACAUCACAGUAUUGUCUCGUGCUUUGAAUAGUUUAGCUCAAUCUGGAAAUGUAGCAUUGAAACCUGGAUCACCUUCCAAAGUUAUAAUCAAGCAAGGGCCCGCAGUAUGUACAUUUCAGAUUAAGGAAUAGCCUUUUACUCAUCAGUAAUUAAAAAAAAUUAAAUUAUUAAGAAAUUAUUCUGUGAAUUAAGCAUGAUACUAUCCAAUGUUUUUUUCCUCUUCAAAGUAACAUUUUAAUUGCAAAUAAAUAAAUGGUUUUAAUAAAAGUAAGAUUUUCUGAAGUAUUAUUUAGACCAGUGAGAGAAUGUGGUAGUUUUGUAUUCACUUUAAUUAACCGGGAAAAAAAUGUGAGCUUGGAUCUCUUCAAUUCACCUUUAUAAUGAUUUUAUUUAUUUAGUUUAUGAUUUUUUUAUACUAUAAUUUGUAUUGGUGCUAUUAUUAUAUUUGUAUAUCUUUUAAUCUUAUGACAGCCCACAGGUUCAGCUAUUACAUUAAAAACCCAGUCCUUACCAACCUUAGCUCCUCAAACUGCACAGUCAAUAAGGGCCACACAGGUGAUGCAGAGCAUAAGGGCUCCCAAUGUUGGUCAAAGUGCUCAGCCACCUGCUCAAAAUCUGAGACCAAUGACAAUUGGUGCUGGAAAUGUGCAGCCGGUGCAGGUCCCAGGAACACGGUUUCAUUAUGUACGACUUGUUACCCCAGUUACUGUCAGCAGCUCUCAAACUACACUUGCAGGUACUUCCAAUGAAAUGCACUUUAAAACUCAUUGUCAUUAUGUGCAUGUUAUUUAUUUAUGACUUAGUGAAGAGAUUAUUACUCCAACACCAGGCAUAUUUAGGUAUUAAUUUUGUAAUAAUUUCUUUAUGUCAAUUUAUUGCCGCUUGUCAAAAGUUUUGCCAUUCUGGUGCUCUUCACACUUGUUUUAGUAAUUAAAAAAAAACCUCUGUGUUGUGAAUGAGGAGACAGAUAGUUCAUCCCCACCCACUAAAUUAAACAUUUUUCAGUGAUGCCAUUUCCAAUAAGCAAGAUUUUCAAAAUGGCAUACGCACCACCAAAUUUCUGGGACAGUUAAUCCAUAUGGCAAUGACCUCAAGUGUCCUUUGAAUUAUGGAGUGUGGAGCCAUAGUGAUAGGUGUUGGAAUUAUGAUCAUAGCCAAGUCUAACUUCAUUUUCAAAAUGUUCAAUUAAGUUUUCUGAUCAACAAGCUGAUCAUUCACUUUAACAUGGUUUGUUUAUGGAACUUUUAUUGUCAUCUCAUCAACUGUAGAGGGGCAUUCAAUUAUAAACUUCUUUAUCCUGUAUGUAUAAUAUGUGAGUUCAAGAAAGAUUGUAUAAAUCAUAAUUUUUAUACUUUUUCCAACAGUUGUCAAACCCAGUGCCUCGUUUCCUAAAAUUACCCCGGCUCCAAAGAAUGCAAUUCCAAUAACAAUGACAUCAACUCCUCAGACAAAUCAAUUAAAGAUCACUUUACCUAUUCAACAAAAUACCCCUCUCGUAAGUUUAUCUAAGUUAAGCAUUAAAAUGCAUCACAUGAUAAAAAUUGUUUUUUAGAUUUCAAAGUCUUACCCUAUUUUUUACCUUUAUGUAGGGAAACAGAACUGUCGUGAGACUGUAUAUAUUAUUUAAAAUACUUUAAAAAAUGCAAAAGAAGUAAUUUUGUUGAUUUUAUUACAUCUGUAGGCACCGAAACCCACCCCCCAAGGUAUGCAUCGCAUCAUUCUUCCAGCUACAUCAACUAAUGUUCCUGUCCAGGGUACAACAGUGACAUCCCUUGCACCAAUCCAACCAGCCCCUUCAGUUUCUAUACAGAAUGUCAGCCAGCUUCCCCCUGGGACAACGAUACUCUCUGCAAAUAAUGCCAAUAUUCAAGGCUUGCAGGGGUUUGCUCUUGUACCCGCCUCCUAUGUCACACAGGUAAUGUUUGAUUGAUUAAAUCUUAUUUCAUUUAAUUUUUUUAUGAAUAAAUUUGAUUUAAUAAGAUACGUCUUGUUUUCUCAGCGCUAUCAAUUCAACAAGUAAACAUUUAAAUACUAGUUUUAUAAACUUCAAUGGAGGAAUAUUAAUUGAUGAUAUUAUUUUUCCCAACAUGGAUGAAUUCAAAAUAUUAUGUAAAUGAAAAAAAUAUAAUAAAGAAAGGCCAACUUUGGUGUAGUUUUAAUUAAAUAGUUUUUAAAACAUGCCACAUCCAUCUUAAAAUUAUGUAUUAUUUUUCUCAGCAACAAAUGAACAAGCCACAUCCAUCUUUAAGUUAUGUAUUAUUUUUCUCAGUUUCAACAACAAAUGAACAUGCCACAGGUAGCCCCACCACCUCGACAUGUACGGGAUUAUUUUCCGAAAGAAGCAAAGGGAGCUCAGGCUACUCUCCCUCCCCCACCACCUCGACGGGAUUAUGUGCCCAUAGCAAGUAUCGAUCCAGCAAUUACUCAAUACACAGUCUCACGGAAUGCUCCUACUCAAAAUGGGUAUGUACAGACCUGUUUACUCUUACGAUUUUGGCGUACAAUGUACAAUUUUGGCGUACAAUGUACGAUUUUUAGAUGUCUUUUACGAUUGUACGCCAAGAUCCGCCAAAACUACGAUUUUCAGAGACCCGGUGUAAAAAAUUUUUCCCCCAUUUUAAAAAAUUUUUUUUUUCGUGUUUGGGCGUUUUAGCCCUCUCUAAUGAAGAUCUGGCAGUGAAUAUGAACGAGAAAAACGAUUGGUUGUAUUUUUUUUUUUUUAAGUUGGGCCUAUCCUUAUUAUAUUUCGAAAGCACUCAUGGGGACUGGGGAGGUGGGGUUGUUGAUUACGGAAAUUGUGGCAUAUGAGACACGCAUGGGUAGGGGAUUGGUGGGAGUGUCAAAGGAUAUAAAUAAAUAACCGCGACGUAUCGUAUUGAUGGGAUCACAGUGAACUAGCUGGCUGUGUCAACAGUAAUAUUUUGAUUUGUCGCCCUAGCGACAACUUCACUCACCAUCGCCUUUGACUGCUAGCAAGCGUGUGACGUAGUUUUGCUACAUAAUUAUUUUGUUUCUCAGAACCGCGGCGAUUGUAAAAACAGAGAUGUUUUUUAAAAUAAAAUAGAUUAUCCUACUGUUCUGCAGUGGAGCGUUGGAUUUUGGCAUAUUUUAUAAGAUCCAGUCAGCGACAUUUACAAAAUAUUUUCAUUACUCGCAAAUCAGCUCUACGCCUUCAACAAUUUUAAUACAACAGUUUGGUAUCACUACCAGGGUUUCUUUCAGCUAUAUCUGGGGGGGGGGGGCACCGCCUCUCUCCCCGGUUCAGCCAAGUGCCCCCCCCCCCCCAGCAAAAAUAUGUCCAACAAUAAAUAUCUGGCAAUGCUGGCACAAUAUUCAUCCUGAAAGUAAAAAAAUAACAUAUUUAUAUCUCGAAUGCUGUAAAAUACCAGCCAAUGUGUAGUACGAAUUAUCGUCGUGAUGUUGUCAAGGGGUAUUUUCACAAAUGAACUCCUAGCUAUACACAAUAGUAGAAGAAUUACAGUAGGGUGAUGUUAAGUCCACCCAAUGUUCAACGCGCGCAUGACGUAUAUUUCGUUGGGCUAUGCCAGUGGUUCUAAAAUAUUUGUUUGCCGGCGCCUAUGCAAUAUUAGGUUUUUCACCAGGCGCCUUGUGUGACAUUCUAACAAGUGCACUUGUACAUAGCGAAUACCAAAAUAAAAUAAAGGAUGAGAUAACAAUAAAUAUAACACGUAUGUAGGUCACUGAGUGCCAUCUGUAGCUGCAAACUCAAGAGGGUAACUGGACCGAAAGAUGUCACAUUGGAUGAAAAGUAAAAAUAAAAUUAUGAAAUUUUUCUUUUAUAUUUCGCAACGCUCCUGUGAGGAGGCCGCAGCAGCCCAUAUAGAAAAUUUGCACCCCCAUUUAAAAGGACAAUUUAUUGCACCCUUAAUCUUUGUGUAAAUGGUUUAUUUAUAGUUGAAUUGACUGUUUAAGUUUCUUUCUAUAGACGAUUUUCACGCGGUUGCUCUUCGUUAUAUUCUCAUGGCCCUGCCCAAGGGCAGCGAGCACCCAGGGCGAUGUAGUCCGAUGUAGCCUAUAUUAUGUGAACCACUGGGCUGGACGAAUCACCAGCGGUGAAAACCCGUGUCACAUUUUGUUUACUGUAACAUAAUAUAUAAUGAACUUUGCUAAUUUUUUAUUUUAAUUGAGGAAAAGAGGGUGGGGGGUCGUAAAAACGUCUGCGUGCAACGGAAAAGGGGGACCCGAAGAAUCUGAAGUGCAUCCCCGGGUGGAGGGGCAUUUCUGAAAUAAUCACUGAUCACUACUACUACUAACCCCCCCCCUUUUUUUAAAAAUUUCAUUUAUUUUUUUUUUUUUACACAGCUUGCAGUAGUUAGACUAUAGCAGUGGUUGGCAAAGCGCGACUCCCGAGCCACAUGCGGCUCUUUAGCGAUCUGAGUGCUGCUCGGUCAGCCAGCCACAAACGGUUUUGACUCCCAAAAACAUGGUUCUUGAAAAAAGAAUUUGGCUCUCAAACAAAUUUUAAAUCGUCCUGCUGUUUUUUUUUGUUUUUUUUUGGCUCUUUUGACUAAUGAGUUUGCCCUGCACCACUGGACUAAAGCGUGUUAACGGAAAAAAAUCAGGCGCCUUUUGGGUAGGUGACGGCACAGUUUUUUCCCCGUAAUGAGGGUGGGGGACGGUUGGAAACAAUUACGUCACAGCACGGAAAGAGGUGUUGUCACCAUAUUACUGCUACAGUGAUUUCUUGAUGAAAACACAAAGCAUUAGUAAACGAUAACUGCGAAACACUGUGGUGAUGUUUUAUAGCCUUAAUAAUCAUAAUUAAUAAUGGGCCUAAUUGGAAUUCAUGGCCUGUACAGAUUUUCAGGUGACAGUUAGCUCCAUAAGAGACUGUCAGGAUAAUCAUUGAAGAAUUCAUGCAUAAAUGUAGGUGCAGUCUGCCCCCCCCCCCCCAAACCCCACUUUUCCCAUCAAAGCUGCAUCCUCAGCGUGUACGUAAUAGUUGGAUAGCUUUACGUUGACAAGGUGGGGAGGGGGGUUAUGAAUAUUUUUUACAUUUCAUUUAGCCUACCAAGUAUGUUAUAUAUGGAUGUCCCAUUGUCCCAACAGCCCUGGCGUAGGAAAUGGGCUCCAUAGACGGAUGUGCACAUUGCAUUAUUGUAAUGUUACCGGCGAGCCUUUUUGUUUUCGUUACCGUAGUUGAGCAUGCACAUUACAUUACGAUAUGGCAUCGACACAAUGAAAGGCACGCGAAACCGAUGAUGAAGAAGGAACUUCAACUGAACAUCAGAUUCAGCAAAAAGAAAGUUUAUUCGCUGAUAUCCUAUCAUGAAUAUCGGACAAAAUUGACUGAGUUGCGUUCUUCAAAUAAGGGUCCAUCAGACACAAACUGCACAGUCGGACUUUUCAUGAGCAAUCAAUCAGAGAUAAAAGGAGUGGUGUUGAUUUAAGAGAUUGUGUGCAUGGCGCUGGUCCAAGUUUUUAAAUUUAUAUACUCAGCACCGCCAAAUUUUCUUAGUGACAGUUCGGCGUUUGCGGGGGUGGGGGGGUGUGGUCCUCGGCAGAAAGUAUGUGCGUUUUUUUAAAAAAAUUCUACAAUAUUCAUCCUGAAAGUCCAAAAAUAACUUAUUUAUAUCUCGAAUGCUGUAAAAUACCAGCCAAUGUGUAGUACGAAUUAUCGUCGUGAUGUUGUCAAGGGGUAUUUUCACAAAUGAACUCCUAACUAUACUCAAUAGUAGAAGAAUUACAGUAGGGUGAUGUUAAGUCCACCCAAUUUUCAACGCGCGCACGACGUAUAUUUCGUUGGGCUACGCCAGUGGUUCUAAAAUAUUUGUUUGCCGGCGCCUGUGCAAUAUUAGGUUUUUCACCAGGCGCCUUGUGUGACAUUCUAACAAGUGCACUUGGACAUAGCGAAAACCAAAAUAAAGGGUGGGAUAAAAAUAAAUAUAACACAUAUGUAGGUCACGGAGUGCCAUCUGUAGCUGCAAACUCAAGCGGGUGACUGGACCGAAAGAUGUCACAUUGGAUUAAAAGUAAAAAUAAAAUUAUGAAAUGUUUCUUUAAUAUUUCGCAACGCCCCUGUGAGGAAGCCACAGCAGCCCAUAUAGAAAAUUUGCACCCCCAUUUAAAAGGACAAUUUAUUGCGCCCUUAAUCUGUGUGUAAAUGGUUUUUUAUAGUUGAAUUGACUGUUUAAGUGUCUUUCUAUAGACGAUUUUCAUGCGGUGGCUCUUCAUUAUAUUCUCAUGGCCCUGCCCAAGGCCAGGGAGCACCCAGGGCGAUGUAGUCCGAUGAAGCAUAUAUUCUGUGAACCACUGGGCUGGACGAAUCACCAGUGGUGAAAACCCGUGUCACAUUUUGUUUACUGUAACAUAAUAUAUAAUGAACUUUGCUAAUUUUACAUAUAUUCUGUGAACCACUGGGCUGGACGAAUCACCAGUGGUGAAAACCCGUGUCACAUUUUGUUUACUGUAACAUAAUAUAUAAUGAACUUUGCUAAUUUUUUAUUGUAAUUGAGGAAAAGAGGGAGGGGGGGGUCGUAAAAACGUCUGCGUGCAACGGAAAGGGGGGGGGGGUUACAUAAUUAGUCUUGUUACUGCAGUUUUAUUUAUUUACCAAAGAGAUAUUGCAGUGUACGAUUUUGAGACCAGAUUGUACGAUUUUAGGGGUUUGAGGGUAAACAGGUCUGUAUGUAUAAUAGAUUGCUUAAAAAAAAAAUUAUGCUGUGAUUAUAAAAUAUUAUAUUUAAUUGAUGGCAUUUUAUUAUACAGCAAUACUGCACAGUAAGUGGAUAAGGAUAGCUUUACAGUGUAAUGGAUGGUAUUUUUAGCAGAGAUGUAACUCUGAAAAUUUUUGCUGUUCUCUGACUUUCAAUUUCUUUCUGUCAAAAGUGAUGAGAUUUUCCACUAGUAGUAUUUCUUUGAUUCGUUUCUUUCACGGCAAAUCUAAAACCAAAUAAGAACCAAACAUUCAAACAGGUCUGGGAUGUGCAUUGCUCACCUUCCUUUUAGUGCCUUUUUGAAUUGGAAUAUUCUUUUCAGUUAACCGCCAGUGGAUCAUUUUAGUGAGAAAUAUUGUUAAUUUAUUUUAUAAAAUCUAUCAUAACUUAUGGAUAGUGUGACAUCUUGACAACUUUGUUUUGAGUUAGCCUUGUUUUAGCAGACUCAGUUUAAUUAACUAACAACUUCUAUAUGUAAGACCACAUUGAUCUACCUAUAUAGUUUACAAGAAAAGACGAACUCAAUUCUUUAAAUUAUCAAAACAUCACCCAGUUAAUCUCUAUUUUAAAAAAAAAUGUCUGUAAAUAUUAACUCGAUAGGAUAUUUUGUGUAUGGCGCUGGUCUAAAUAAAUCAACACCGCGACAUUUUCGUAGUUUAUUAUUUAUUAUUAUUUUUGCAGGUGUCAAAAAGCUCCUUGUAACAUACAUAAAAAAAAAGUGUGGGGGUGGUGGCUCGUAUUUUGAAAAAUUAAAGAGAAAAAAGUACGCACAGGCAAUGGGGGAGUGGGGUGUAUUAGAUAAUUUGACUUUAAUGUGUACUGGUACGUGUCAUAUAGAUGGCUCCUCCUCACGUUGUUUGCUUUAUACGACCUAAUUUUAUGACAUAAUUAUUUGUUACGGCUGACCGCGGAGAGUACAGAAACUGAGAAAACUAGGGAAUGCAUUCUCAACUGUUAACACGCAGCAAUAUUAAAUUUCGACAAUUUCAUAGGAUCUGAGGGGGCCUUUGAAAAUGAUAAAACGCACAAAACUGUUGAAUAAUUUUUAACAUCCCCCUUCCUUUCACCCAUUUACAGCUUGUGGUCGAAAUUAGACAGUAAUUUGUUAAUGGGAAAUAGGCAUAAUGGAUAUUUGUUUUUUUUUAAAAACUGCUUUUCCUAAAAAAUAUCUCUCAAAUUACUUGGUAGGUUGUUUUUUUUUAUGACGCCCCAAGUUGUCUUCUUCUUAUAUUUGAGGGGCCCACGAUCAAUUUGUUGAUCAUUUUGGCUCCUGGUUUAAAUUCAGAGUUUGCUUUCUCUUGGAUGGGUUGCCGUCCAAGGCUAACGAGUCCCUCCACACGGGUUGCUUGGGAGGUUGGCUUUGGUGGGGAUUGAACUCCAGAGCACUAUUUGAUUUGGUUCGAGACAGUUCAGACUAGAGGCUGACCGAAAGUGAUUUUCUGAUUUUGCCGAAAAUAGGCCAAAAGUUUAAUAUGACUUUCGGCCGAAACCGAAAAAAGGCCGAAAGUUAAAAAUGAAUUUCGGCCGAAGCCGAAACAGAAAAUGAAAUAUUUAGAUAUUUUGAAAUUCGUUCCCGCAUAAAUUUUGCAUACAUCGAAAAUGAUGUGGGAAAGUAUAAAUAUUUACAUUCUUUUUAUAAAAAUGAGAUAAUUGUGAAUAUUAAUAAAUAAACAUCUAAUAUAGGGGUCUCAAACUCGCGGCCCGCGAGCCAUUUGUGACCCGCAAGACGAUAUUUUGCGGCCCGCUACAUGACAGAAAAGUUUAGUGUAAAUGCGCCGGCCCGUUUCCCCCAUUCUCAUAGCUAUAGCGUGACUCUCCGCGACGGUGUCAGUCGAAUCUCACCGACUAGUCUAAUUCUGUUUUUUUUUUUUUUUUAUGUUUCUCUAAUUUUUUUAAUGCAACAGUGAGUAGGUGGAUGAAAGUGAAUCCUAGUUCUUGAGAACCCUUAAUGAUUUUAUUGUUAUUUAUAAAGGUUGAGCAGAUUGUAACAGUUGUAAUCGCUUUUUUGUGGAUUACUUGAUGCGGCCCACUCUCAUUCAGACACUACCUCCUGCGCGCCCCCCGCCCCCCCCCCCCUGAUGAUUUGAGUUUGAGACCCUUGAUCUAAUGAAUACUUUGGAUUUUACCAUUUUAAUAUAAAAGUAAUUUAAAUUGCGUUACAAUUUUUUAAAAUUAGUAUGUUAGGAGAAAAUUUGGCAAAAAUUGGGGGGGGGGGGGGAGGAAAUUAAUGCAAAGUAUUAUUUUUUUAAACCGGGUCUCUAAAAAUUGUGGUUCUAAAAUAUCGCUUAAUUUGUUUUUAAAGAUCGUUUAGUUGGUUGUUAUUGAUCGCUUAAUUUGUUGUUUAAGAUCGUCCAGUUUUUGUUAAUGAUCGCUUUAUUUUUUCUUAAAGAUCGGUUAGUUUGUUCAUAAAGAUCGCCUGGUUUGUUGUUAAAGAUCACUUAGUUUGUUGUUAAAGAUCGCUUAGUUUUUCACAAAGAUCGCUUAGUUUGUUCUUAAAGAUAAUUGAUUUUGUUCCUUAAGAUCGAUUAGUUUGUUCUUAAAGAUCUUUUAGUUUGUUCCUAAAGAACAUUUAGUUUUCUGUUAAAGAUCGCUUAGUUUAUUCUUAUAAAUCAUUUAGUUUCCUAUUAAAGAUCAUUUGUUUUGAUCUUCAAGAUCAUUUAGUUCGGUCUUAAAAAUCGUUUAGUUUGUUCCUUAAGAUCGUUUAGUUUGUUAUUAAAGAUCGCUUAGAUAGUUCUUAAAGAUCCCUUAGUUUGUUUUAAAUAUCGUUUAGUUUGUUGUUAAAUAUCAUUUAGUUUGUUCUCAAAGAUCGCUUAAUUUGUUCUUAAAUGUCGCUUAUUUUGUUGUUAAAUAUCGCUUUCGCUCAGUAUUAAAUGACGGAAAACACGAGUCAGGAGGCCGAAAGUCUAAGUCAAUUUCGGCCGAAACCGAAGAAAAACCGAAUUUAAGCCGAAAGUUAACUUUUCAGUUUCGGCCGAAACCGAAACUUGGCCGAAAGUGAAACUUGGCCGAAAGUGAUAAAAUCGCCACUUUCGGCGCCGAAGCCAAAAUUCGGUCUGCCUCUAGUUUAGACUACUCGGCUACCCAGCACCCCAUAGUUGUUACCGGGUAAUUAAUUCUUAUUUUAAUACAUCUUAUUUUAUGCUUAUCUUGACUUCGAGUUUCAACCAGGUUAAAUUUCACCAGUAACUUUAUUUUUACCAGUGACAGACUGGGAUAAUGUGAUCUACAUGUUCACCUAAAUAUCAAUUGAUAUCUAUAGCAUAGACACACUGAAAAACAAAGUGACUGCAGUUUGCAGUUCACGUCAGUCAUCUGCUGUUUCCUUACAAUUCAAUUUUUUGAUGUCAGCUUAACUCGAUUCCACUGAACACGCUAUACGAGUAGUUAUUGUAUACAUUAUAUAUACUGUACUUUUAUUUAUUUACUAUCAAGAUACUGAGUUACUGUUAAUUCCAUAUGAUGAUAAUGCAUAAUGAAAAAAUGAGUUUUUUAAAGCUCUGGUUUAUAAAUAUUUUUUUUGCAUUAUAUUUUUUUAUAUAAAAUUAACAGAGAUUAUUACAACUGUUUGAUGAAAGUUAUAUUAUUUAUUAAAUGGUAUUCAUAACAGUUGCUUUUAUGCUGUAGAAUUAUAUGAAAUGGGCUUACAUCAAAUAACAACAUUGGGUCAAAAUGUCUGACCAUGGCUAAAGCCACAUCAUUUGUGGGAGAUGCCAACAAAAUUAGUUAUUAAAAAUUUAACUUUCUUAUUUAGAAAAAUUGCCAAUCUCUUUUUGGUUGUUCAUCUAGUUCAGGCCUGCACAACUCGAAAUGUAAGGUGGGCCGUAAUAAUUUAUUAAAAACUUGUGCUGGCCAAAAGAAAAUAGUACAAGAUUUGUGCGGGCCAACAGAAAAUAGGACAGGGGGGAAAGCUAUUAAGGAAAUAAUAAGAAUAAAGAAUAUUUCUUUACUUUUCGGGCUAAAAAUGUGGGUGCUGGUGGGCCACAUGCGGCCCGUUAGCCGUAUGUUGUGCAGGCCUGGUCUAGUUGCAUCACCAAUACCAGUAAUAUCACGCAAAUGAAACUAACAUUGCUUGAAAAAUUAUUUAAAGAAAAGUGCAUUUGUAAAAUCAAAAAUAUUUUGGAAGAUGCAUCCCACCAAAUAUAUCACAGCUAUCUGUAAAGCUCAGUGAGCAAAAAUUCCUUCCCAUAAAAUUAUUGAAAGUUAUAGAAAUUUAAAUGUUCAACGAUCCAUCAUAAUAUUCCAACAUAUGUCCUGGUUGUUAUAAAAUCAAAUAAUCACUCUUAAGAUCAAAAUUGUCUAAUGGCAGUCAAUUUUACUACAUCCGAUUCCUUAUUUUCUGCGCUUUGAGAAAUAACUUCAUAAUGUCUUACAUUUAAAAAAGUUCCAGUUAUCUUACUCAGGAUGUUUAUCAAUUUGCUGAAAAUGAAAAUGGACAAUGUAAUCAAAACAUGUUUCCAUUUAUAUGGAUAAAAAAAUCAAUGAAAGAAUCUUAUGUUAUUUUUCCAUGUAACAUUUAUUUUUCCUUUUUUAUUAGGUAAAUAUAUAAAUGUCUGAGAACUGAGUUUAAAAUACCUUGUUUAUUUUGUGAAAAUCCUCACAGGCCAACUCUAGAAGCAACGGGGGCUCGACCAAGAAAGCCUUGUAACUGCACAAAAUCUCAGUGUUUAAAGUUGUAAGUAAUUAUUUAACUCUACCCAACUUUAUUAUUGUAUAGUUUUAUCUUAACUUUGAAUAAUAAUGAAUUUUCAAACAUAAAUAGUCAUUUGAAUUCAUGUAAAAUUUAACGAUAUUGGAGCAAGUAAAUAUUUUGUAACCUAUUAAAAAUGAAAGCCUAGGUUUUCAUUGCUGAACUUUGAAUUAAAUAAAUAUAUUGUUUCCAGGGUUGAGAUGAUUUUAAUCAACCAAUUUAACUCUUUCACUGACGUGAAAUCAUGAAAUGCAGAAUCUUUUUUUCCACUCAACCCCUUGAAUGUAGGCAUGCAUCAUCUUUACUGCUAUAACUCAAAAGGAUCUCAAACCAAUACCAUCGAAAUCGUCUAAAUCUAAAUCAUCUUCACUAUCAAUAGAAAUAGUAUGAAAAUUGUUAAUAAUAAGUUUUAAAAUAUUUUUUUUUUUAGUUACAUAUUUGAUAUUUUAAAAUCAUUUUUAUUAGAAUGUACUUAUAAGUUUCAGUUUGGGACAAAGUAUAAAAAUCCUUUCAAGUUAAUUUAAUUUAGAAUUUAUUAAUUUUUUCCAAAAUUAUUUUAAUUAAAUUUAAAUACAAAAAAAACUGAGUUAAAUAAUAUUAACCAUGUUAUGUUUUAUCAUUAUAAAAAUUAAUGUAUAGUAGAACCCGUUAUGUCAACGGCGUCGGGGUUUGCAUGAAAGUGUCGAGAUAACCAAAGAUCGAGAUAACCGAAAAACAAUAUGGCGGCAAUAUAUUAACAUGUGCUUGAAAUUUCUCUAUGUACCUGAUAUGCGUUAAUAGAUGCAGGUACUUCAGUAAAAAAAAAAAAAAAAAAGCGCAUCCCGUUAUUACUAAAAUACUAUUUAGGGAUUACUUAUUUUGAACUUUUAACUUUGGCACAUGACUUUAAUUAAAGCUUUUCCUGACAAAUGGUUUAACAGCUUUUGCACACUGCAAACUCCUAUGAAUACAUAGGACGUAGUACCACGGCAUAGCUAUUAUUCCGUAUCCGGAAAUUUGAUCGAAAGAAAUUUCAUAGACGGUAAAUUGAUCGAAGGUAAUUUGAUCGAAUGGAAAUAUGGUCGAAUCUUUUUUUCCGUUUUUACGUUUAAAUUUUGCCUCAAAAGUCUUUUUGAACGCAUUAUUUUGUUUUACUAUGUAGUAUUAGUGCGUUAAAAAGAAAUUUGACGAAAAUUUUAACGUGUGAACUGAAAAAAAGAUAAAUUUACCGUCGACGAAAUUUCUUUCGAUCUUAUUUCCGGUAACCCUAUUAUUCAGUUGACCGCAAAUGGCUGCCCAUUCUGUUUUGCACACUGCAAAUUAUGAUUAUUUAUAUUAUGGGCUCUACUGGGUUUUUAACCUCGAAUUAAAACAUAUUUAUUUAAAUUACUUCUAGGUUCAUUAUAAAAUACAAUUCCUGUAUUUUGAUAAAUAAUAAUUAUUUUUAAUAAUGAAAAACUUGUUUAUUUGUUGUUUGCUAUUUCUUCUUGCGGAGUUCAAAAGCUGGAGAUUGGUAAUGGGGAUUGAGAUAACCGAGGUUAAAUGGCAAAUUUGGCUGCCUUUUGUGCUCGAGAUGUCAGGGUUCGGCGACAUAAAAGAAUCAAAAUAACCGAGAGUUGGCGAGUUAACCAAGGUUGAGAUAAGCGUGUUCAACUGUACUUCAAAUCUUCAGAAAUCCUUUUAAAAAAAAAAAAAGACCAAAAAUAUUUAUUUUUAGAAAAUAUUUAAAAUCUAAUUUAUAUAAAAAUGAUUUCAGUACCAUCAACUAUAUUAUAAUAUUUAAUAUUUAUAAAAAUUUUACUAGUAUACUUCAAAAUCUAUAGUAAUCCUUUUUUUAAAAAAAGAACAAAAUCAGCAACGUAAAAUUUUAAAAUUAAGAAAUCCUGUUUUAAAUCAAACAAACUCGAUAUUUGAAAAACCUCUUUCUCUCCCUCUCAAUCCCAAGAACUAAAACUAAGACCAUCGGUGAACGCUCCUUCUGCUUCCAUGGGCCCACGUUCUGGAACCAGCUCCCCUUCCAUAUACGUCAUAGUGAAACCUCGUCCAUUUUCAAAAAGUCGGAAUUUUGAGUAGACAAAUCCAGGCGCUAUGACCUGUGAUGCACCCUCCUUGCCCUACCUCAUUUUCUGUUUCGGGUUGAUCCUGAAGUGUCAAAGUGUCCUCGUUUUAUAGCCAUUUUCAUUGUUUCUCUAGAAUAGUAGUUACUAUCCUAGUGUCUCAUUUGUAUUUACUUAGUUUACAUGUUUUAAUAAUUGUAAAGCGCUUAGAGCUUUAUGAUAAGCGCUAUAUAAAAAUGCCUAAAUAAAUUAAUUAAUUAAUUAAUUUCCACGUUCUGACGAAUUAUCAAAUUUUGCAUAUUUGUUAGGCACUUUUAUGCUAUCUCUGAACCAUAAUAACUUUUUUGUAUUUCAUCAGAAAAUGUUAAGUUUGGUAUGGAAUUAAAUGGGAAUGUUUGGGCUUAAAUUUUAAUAUAUAAAUGUGAUUAUGAUUUAAGGAAAAUAAAAAUAAAAAAAACAACAUAUUACCAACUGUUCACAAAACGCUCAUUCCAAGUCACACGAAGUGAAAUAUAUAAUCCAAAAGUGUAACCAAAAAUAUUUCUUUUGUGAACUAUAUCCAUGUGUGCAUCACAAAUAAUAAAGAUCAACUUAUAAAAAAGAAAAAAUUAAACACCAGAGCACAUUAUCCAUUGUCACUAUCUCAGAUUAAAAUUUGUGAAAAAAAUUUAACUAUAUUUACUGGAAACAAUUUGUUGCUAUUAAAAAAUAUUUGCACUGUAUUCUUGUAUGUACUAACAUUUAUUAUGGUAAAUGGAAAAUUUACCAUAAAGUUGCCAUCUUUUCAUCUGGAUUUAGCUAUGGUAAGCCUAAAAAACAAUCCAUAUGGAUGUGCCCUUUAGCUGGGGGACGGGGCUGGUUGUUCAUCAGCUGAUGAAUUACCAAUUAACAAUUUCUUCACUAGUACUACUAAUACUAGUACUAGGAUUAUAAUCAUUCGAUUCAACAGAAUCAGCCUCUGCAUUUGAAAUCAUAAAAUCACUGUCUGAAUCAUCAUCAGAGUAAUGUUUUCAACCUUUAUUAGAUCGAUCACCAGAUGGGUCAGGUCAAGAUUUCAUAUUUGUAAACAAAUUAAAUGGACAAUCAAAACAACCGCUUCAAACGCUUCGUUCUAUGUAAAAUCUUGUUCAACCACAGAAAAACCGGAUGUUUAUACCAAGGGAAAUCAUUCUAGAAUUGAUUUAAAAUAAUUAAAAACCAAUACGCCAAAAUCUUCAUUUCAAAUCGACGAUGGGAGCGUUGAUCCGGAGAGAAAGAGUUAAUAUAUAGAUAAAUAUAUUUUUAAAAAAAAAGAAAUUUUGAUAUUUUUCAACCCUGAUUAUUUCAGAUAUUGUGAUUGCUUUGCAAAUGGAGAGUUUUGCCAAAAUUGCAAUUGCACCAACUGUGCUAACAACCUAGAGCAUGAAGAGGAAAGGUCUAAGGCAAUUAAAUCCUGCCUUGACAGAAAUCCUCAAGCAUUUCAUCCUAAAAUUGGUGGGUACAUAAGUACAAAUAUUUACUUUAAAUUGAUAUUUUAAAAGAAUUUAGAAGCUAUGAAAAUACUUUAACAAGUAUCAGAGUUGUAAUAUAAACACAUUGUAAACAAAUUCAAGGUUAAUAAAUGGACAACGUUCAAGCUAAUUGAAUGAAAUAUGUCGAAGCUUGAAAUAAAAAGACGAGACAUAAAAAAGACCCUUAGUGGACAGGUUGAGAAUACCCUGUUGCAAAAAUGUGUCCAUUCUUUGGCAUAUACAUAGUGGGAGUGUUAGGCUAUAAUAAGUUUGGUACCAUAUUUAUUUUUGUUUGGACAAGGUUUGAAAGCACCAUUCAGUGCGAUAGUGAUGAUAUGAUUGAGUGCUGGGAUAAGAGUAGUUUCAGCAUAAGAUCUGGAGCGGAAGAAGUCCAUCAUUUCAUUAGCCCUAUCUUAAAAGUCUGCAUCGAACUGGCAGAGGUAGAAGUCUGAGAAUUUAGGAGAAAGGUAUGGAGUCUUUGCAUGAUUUGGGGUGGGAGGAUGAGUACAGUAGGUAUCUAUGGCUGUCUUUGAGUUUAUAGUAAGUUUAUCUAAUAGGUUCACUGAUCAUUUUCAUAUCGAAGAGGGAAAAUUUUCCUGGGUCUCAUCCAUUUCAGCAGAGAUAAACACAAAGGCACAUCAGAUUUUUCCAUCAUGGCACUUAUUUCCUGCACUUACACACCUUUUAGAGUCAGGAAGGAAAACUAUCACCAUGGAAUCGAUCAAAUUUCCCGGAAAUCCUUUUCUUAUUUCUAAUAUUUUACAUAAUUCCAAAAUAUUUUUGUCAGUAAAAAUAUACAAAUUUUUUUUACUUCCUGUAAUCUUUUGAUAGCCCAAAUGUUGUUUUUGGAAAACCCAACUUCCAGCACUAACAUAGCAUUCUUUGCGAACUCCAAACACUUAAAUUUUUUAACUGCUUUCUAUUUCUUAUUGUUUCUUCUUUUGUCUUGACUGCUGAAUAUGGCUCUUAUUCUCUUAGCCAAAACAUUCUCCUUUUAUUGUCCUGUCUUUUUAUUUCAAGCUAUUUCCUAACUAAAUUGAAGGAGUUUUGUUAUGAAUGUCUCCAAUAUAUAGUAGAAAGUUUACUCUGUAAUAUUAUUUGGUAAAUUCAGAAACAUUUCAAUUAAAUAAAAACAAAAAAAAAGUUGUAUUUUUCACUAUGUUCAUAAUUUAUCUUUAUAAUUUAACAUAUUUUUAUUUUUUUAAAUAUUUUGUUACAGGUAAAGCUAAAGAUGUUGAAGGUAACCGGAGGCACACCAAGGGUUGUAACUGUAAACGCUCUGGCUGCCUAAAAAAUUACUGUGAAUGCUACGAGGUAAGAUUUAUUUAAUUUUAACCCACGAACUGUCCAUUGUAUGUUUCUGUACUGUGUAGCCACUUUAGAGCUUUUUGGGUGCCUUUGAAAAAUGUGAUAUUUUACAUGCAAACACUACAGCUAGACCCCAUAAAGUAUAUAUUUAUUGAAGGUAGACUGGGUGGGGAAAACAUACUGGAUAUUUUUUAAUGAUAUUUUAUACUCCCUGACCGUGACUGUGACCUUGGAGUGACCAACAAAGAAAAUGAACAUUUUUCUUUUCAAGUACCUCAAUCUAGAAUUUUUUGAAGUCAUAUUAUUAUAAUGUUUAUAUAUGAUAGCAUUUUUAUUUAUCUUUCAGAAAAUGUAUUAUUUGUAUAUGUUUUAGUUAUUAAUAGAUUUUAAAAAAAAAUAAUUUCUUCUGAGACCUAUAAUUAUGUUCAAGUAACGAAGCAUGACAUAAACAUUAGUGAAUAGCAUGAAACAGAUAAAAUUUUAGAAGCUGCUAUAUAAAUAUUUAAUCCUUAAAAUGAAAUGUAAGAAAACAUAUACAGAACAACAUCCAAUUAAUUUUUGUUGGUACAAAAUCAUCUGCAACAUAGUUUUGAACGAGUCCUGUUGUUGCGGCAUCGCCUACUCGUUCUUGGCCUAGGUCUAAAUCGUCCGAACUUUCAUUUUAUGACCCACUAGAAAAAUAAUCGGAAUUAUCAUUGUUUUGGUGUGUGAUCGGAAAUUCCUCUUCCGAAUCACUUAUGUCAUUAACUAAAAAGAAUAAUCUAAAGAUUCCUACCUGAUUUAUUUUGUAAGCCAGAUGGUCCAGCUAUGGCCUCAUCCACUUCAUGAAAAUCUAAUGACACAAAUUGCUUGAUAAAGAUCGUAAAAAUAACUCCAAAGUUUAAAAAAAGGACACAGAAAAGCGAAAAACUGAAGUUCAUUUAUAAAUAUAAGGAAGUAGUUUUAUUUGGUUUAAAAUAUCGGACUGGAACUUACUCUUUCAACGCAUUUUUUAUGGGCCGUUUUUAUCGGCCGACGACAGUUGGUGGGUUAACAUUUGAAACUAACUUUUAGCACUAUAAAUGUCAUUUCUGCACACAUUACCAAACUUGUGCCAGCUGGCAAGCAUUUCAAUUUAAAAAAGUCAAACUUGUAUAAUAUGAAAAAAAAUUUCUUCUCCCAGAGGUGCUUUAGUCAUUCAAAAAAUUCUUUCCAUAUCUCAUUGUUCUGAGCCAAUCUUGCCAGCUCAUUACACUUCUUUUUAUUUUUUUUGUAUGCCCCUUAGCCUUGUAUUACAUGACUUUGCUUUCUUUAUAUUGCUAUGUGGAUUCCACAUCAAAUAUUUACUGCUUAUUUAGUAUCAUUUUAAAGGAGAGCUAUUAUUUUAAAGUACUGUUUUUAUUGUUGGCAUCUGGUUGCUUUUUUGAACUCACAGUGGAGCACAGGCUGGUAACCAUAUCUUUUCACAGAAGCCGGUCACUUGCUAUCUUCUUCAACUUGUCUAACUCUAUACACCAGUCGUUUUUGGGUCUUCCCUGUCCUCUUGAGUUUUGACGGUUUUUGCUAAGUUAUUUUUGGUAUCGCUUUUCUUAUUUAGUAAGUGAUGACCUCCCCGUUUCCUCCUUCUUUACCAAAUUUCUCUCUCAUAAAGAUUCGGGGAGUGGGGGAUAAGAAAUAGAUCAUUGUUUCACCUAAAGCACAUUUCCCAUUGGAAUUAAUGCAUUAAGAUCUUGCUUAUGUGCAAAAAGCAAAUGUAAUUAACUCACCAGAUGCUGUCCUGCUAUUUAGCUUUCUUUGCUCAUGCAUCAAUCUACUUAACAGCACAAAAUCAGUUUAUGGCUGAAAUUAUUUUUUGCAACCUUCCAACAAAUGAUACUGAUGCUUAAUAUUUUAUGGUUUUAAUUAUAUGGAAAGGAUUGACCAUUUCAAAACAAUUGUUAUAUUUCUUAUGACAGUGUUCAACAAAUUAGUUGGAAAGAAUGUCAUCUAUAAACAUAAUUUUGAAAAUUUAUAAUCUUUUGAGUAGAUUGUCUAAUAGUUUCAUUCCUAGACACAUUAAUCUAAAUGAUUCUUUUCAGCAACAAUCUUUUUACAAAACAAUAUUCUUUAAUUGGUAAGGAUUAUUUUUCAGGCUAAAAUAAUGUGCUCAAAUUUCUGUAAAUGUAUUGGAUGCAAAAACUUUGAAGAAAGUCCUGAAAGAAAGACACUGAUGCAUCUAGCUGAUGCCGCAGAGGUACGUGUCCAGCAACAGACAGCUGCCAAGACAAAGCUUUCAUCACAGAUAUCAUGUGUGCCAUCCAGACCGCCCACUGCUCCUGCUAGCGGAGAACGGUAUGUUGAUUUAUCAAAUAAUUAGUUCAUGUUUUAUCUGAAUUGAACCUGGCAGGAAGCCAACAAAAGGCAUGGAUAUUUCAGAAGACAAAGAAACUAAUUAAAUCAGUUACAUAUUCAUGCACAACAAGGUGCAGCUUGAGCCUGAAUUAUUUCCCAGUGUUAUUCAGUCGAAUAUGCAGUUAAAUGGCGAUCAAAGGUACAAUUUAAAACUGUCUGUAAUAUGGUGCUCUUGUUUAGAAUAGCAAGUUGUUAAAAGGUUCCAAACAUGACUGUAAGAACCUGGUUAAUUGGCAAAUUUUUAAGCAAUUUAAUCAUAAUAUGUGGGGAAAUGGGAGCCAGAGGAAUUCAAUACAACCCACAAUAUAGAAAUAAAAUAAAUUAAACUAAGUUAAAUAUGCCAAUUAAUUUUUAAAACAAAUUUGAAAAAAAAUUGAAUAUCCUCAAUUGGGCUGGAUUGCUAACUCUGAUUAUCAAAAUGUUUCUAAUCUAAUGUUAAAUUAUAACUAUUUAUUUAGCUGAUGUGUGUUGGUUAGGACCAGUCGUGUAUAUUUUAUCUAAUAGAAAAGUUGCACUUUUCUUCAAAUCUGUGAUUAUCUUGAAAAACUGUUUCUGACUUGUUUUUGCAUUGUGAAAUAAAUCUCUUCAAGAAGUAAACUCAUAAAUUUCUCAAGAGGGCAGUCUUUCCCUGAUUUGUGUUACUGCUAGAAUAUUAAGUCCUAGUGGGCAAGAGGGAUGGAAUGGUGUCAGUCUGUAAUUUUAGAAUAUGGCUUAAAAAUGUGAAUUUAAAUGUACACUUCCUUAUAAAACAUUGUCAGUUUUACUUAAGAAUUGUCAAUUUUGUUUAAGUAUUCUACAGAUUAUAAGUUAGAAAGGGAGGUAAAUAUUUCCAUUCAAAGUAAAAUGUGUUCAUAUUAUCAUGUAAGGGGGCCAUGAAAGGUUUGGUAAACAGUGUGUUAAAUUAUACUUGACUGUUGACAGCAGUUAGUCAACAUAACUUAGGAUGGAAUCUUAAAAUACUGUCUGCACAUUCAGUCACAACAGUUGAUCAAGUUGCUCUUUUGAAUGCUGUUAAAAACUCUCAGCUUGUUGCUUGUUUAAAAGAAAAAAACAUUCAACCUCUUUUCACAGCCUGCCGUUUGCCUUGAUAACAUCUGAUGUCGCAGAGGCCACUUCGGCAUGUCUGCUCGCUCAAGCAGAAGAGGCGGAAAGAAUGAAGAUGCCGGCGGUGGUGCAGGAGAGGAUGGUUAUUGAAGAAUUCGGACGUUGCCUUAUGCAGAUCAUAGACUCCGCCAACAGGACCAGAAGUUAGUAGCGCCAACUGUUGGACUUAUAAAUACAAAAACCUUUCCAAUACGGUCAUCUCAAUCUAUCUGCAUUUUAUAGAAUCAGGGCAGUAGCAUUAUAUGACCUUCUUAUUUAGUCAUUGACCAUUUUUGGUCAUAAGUGUUGACUUAAAAGAAGUUUUUCUGCCUGCGUCUUGCCCUGUCCUUAGAUAUAUGACAAGAGUUUUCAGCUUGAAUUAUAACAUUCUAUCUUUACAAAAAAUAUAAUAUGGCAUCAAGGUUUAACACAGCUACUGUUAUACCCUUUUGAUACCUAUGACAUUAGAAAACAUGGAGAGGAAACGUGUCUAAAGUAGAUACUGACAUAAAUUAACAAUCAUAAUAAUGUGAAACUCUUUUUCCAGUAUGCCUUUAAUUUAACCUCCCCUUUGUUCAUAAUCAUGGCCAAAAUAGCUUGUUAAGAUCAGAUUUUAAAAUGGGUCUUAUUAGUGUAUUUGUUUAUGACCGAAAAUACUAUAAUACUAAAUAACCAAAAUUAACAUGUAAUCAUAACAGUAAUGACAGCCCAUGAACUCUCGCACAGAUGAUUGAUGUCAUUUGAAAUUAAUUUCUCAAUUGUUAUUUCAUCUUUUAGUCUUAUAGGCACAAAAAAAUAAAUCCCCAGUGAAGACUAGUGUAAGGCAGGGGUCGGGAACAUUUUUGUCUGAGAGAGAUAUGGACACCACAUAUUUUGAAAAGGAAUUCUGUGAGAGCUAUACAUUAUGUUUAAAACUAAAAAUUGAAGUAGAUAUGUGCAUUUUGUGUAAUUUCUUCACUAAAAAUGCAAUAAGUAUGUCUCUGAAUUCUUUUUAAUAACAUUGUUAUGCUGUUGCUAAUCAAUAAUGAGUGUUUGUUACCAUUAAUGCGACUUCUGGUGCUGCAUGGCUUUGCUGAUGGCUUUGUUGUCUGGUUGAUACGUGGUGAGGUUAAGCUUCAUGGAUGAGUUGAGACUUCCAUCCGUUAAAUGUGAUUGCAGUUAUUUCCCUUUAAUUACAAGGAAUGCAGGGUUGCUAUUUUUCUGUCUUUUAGGUCAGCGGAGUUUAUCUCCUUUACUGCUUCUGAUGCUGAGCUGCAGUAGACUUAAGCUCAUUUGUAGAAUGAAAUAAUGAUAUGCAAUUAAUAUGUAGAUCAAAAGAGUCUAGAAAAAUGUUUUUUUUUUAUAAUCGAACAUUUGUCUGCGAGCCAGAUGCAGCCAUCAAUAGAGCCACAUCUGACUCGCAAGCCAUAGGUUUCCAACAGUUCAAUAAUUUUUACUAAGUAAUUGUCAUGAAAGUGCAGAUAAUUGGGUUCUGUUAUCCAGAGCUGACGGAAGGGGAAGCUACACAGAUUAACUUGGUUAUUUAUGUGCAUAAAUUUAGGAAGAAAAUGAAUAAAAAUAGUUAUAAUUAUUUUUAAAAUGUCAUAAGUAAAAGUACCCAAUGGAAUGAGCUGCCACUCUCACAGCUUUAAAAGUUAAACUAACAUUUUUUAAUUAUUUUUUUUUUAAAAUAAGGAAAGUUACAGACAAUCUUUAGAUAAAGUUACAGACAAUCUUUAGAUAUCAUUCCUAAAAUCUUAAUGUGCACGGUUUACUGUAUUUGCCCCAUUUUAUAUACAUUUAAAAAAAAUUUGAUUACCUGCGCAUAUGAUGCAUCCCAUAUUUUAUAUGUAAUUUUAAGAGGAAAAGAUCAUCCUACAUGCCGGCAAAUGCAGUAACUAUUGAAAUUCUUUUAUCAAAAUCUAUGAUGUGGAAGAGUUUAGACUUCCUAGGCUUGUACUUUAAUAGAAAAUAAAUUUUAAAAAAUAUUCAGUUACUUUGCCUGGAAUGUAGGUGACAGCGAAAUAAAUGAUUUAGGGAAAGUAAUGCAUUGCAAAUAAGUUGACAACAUAAUAUUAAGUAACAUUCUGUAUUGGGUUUUUUCAUUUCAAAUUAAUGCAGCCAACCCUUGUGAACUUUCAUUAAAUAGUGCUUUUAAUAUUUUAACCAAUGGUUAUUCAUUUUCAGCUGCGAACUCCGUGGCUUGAGGAAAACUGGUGUGAAUUAUGCAACAGAAAUUGAAACAUUUGGACUACCUCAUAAGAACAGUCCAGCACCAGGAUGAGAAAGUUCUCCAAGAUUACUCAAGACAUUCAUACCUAGGUCCAGAAAUUUGAAGUUCUUCAGUCUCGCACAGGAUUUUGAGAUUUUACAAGAAUAAGAAACUUCAAAAAUAUCACCUGGUGUAUGAAAGAAGAAUGGAACAUGCCUCGCAAUGUUCCGUGGGUCAUCUGUGAUCUGUAAAGGAACUCUGGGUAGGAUGUGUUCCCCAGGAUAAUCAAGCUAACAGCAAAUGUUUUAUUUGAACAAUACAGGAAGGUUUUAUCAUAUCUCAAUGAUUUCAGAGUUGGCUAGCUACUCAGCAGCUCCCAAGCACAUUACUCAGUGCUACAUGUUUAUAAAAUUCUUUGUUUGAUAAAUAAGGUUAAUUGGCAUUGGAUGAAUAUGACCAACAGGUGUUGAACCUGAAAGGUAUAUACAAAAGCUCCUUCAACACUUUGUACCCACACAAUGCCCAAUGACUGAUUUUAACCGUAGUGGUCACUCAUCCAUAUAACAUGGCAACAAGAAAGAUUCAUUCAUGAAUUAUCACCCCCAUGGAUGUAUACACAUUUGAGCUUGAGUCCAUCAGUGAUAAAUGGAUAGUUCGUAAGUUCGUAUUUUUAAAAUAAAAAUAUAUUGUUUAAAGUCAUAUUUUCAUCAAAUUUUGAGUUAUUUUACACACUGGUCAAUAGCAAUUUUGUUAAUAAAAAAAAAAAAUCUCAGAUGAUGAAUUUGAACACAUUUUAGAUGUGAUUGGACAUGAUUAAUUGGUUAAUUACACCAGGUUAAUAAUACAGAUUACUGUAUUUAAAUUAACGAAGUGAAAUCAAUAUCGACCGUCUUGAAAAAGUUAUAGAGUUAAUGUCUUAUUGUUCACAUUGAGCCAUGUGGCUAUAAAGGGAUAAGUAAUAAAACAUAGC